GAUUUUUAAAAUUGCUAAUUAAACUAACAUUUAACAACAAAAAGAUUGUACGAGAACGAGAGCCUUCGCAGUUCGAACUAGCAGCCCGUAGCCCUCAACCCAAAUCCUUGACUCCUGCCCAGUUUCCUUAACACUGCCGUUUCGCCAGGCUCAGAAACCUCCCUCGUCCCCUUGUCUCACCUCUCCAGUCUGUACCACGAACAAAAUUGCUAGCCAUGCUGUGAUUCUAAUCGGAGGUUCAAGAUUUGGUGUCGGUAGGACAAAACGGCCAUCAACGGCUCAAGAAAUCUUCACCUUCAUAGCACAUUCUAGCGACAGUAACCCUUCAAAUACGAAAUGUUUGCUUCCAUGGGUCUCUUGUGAUCUAAGAGAAUAAUUUCUUGUGCUAGAUUCUGUUAUCUUGAUUCGUGGGAACCUUCAGAAAAUAUGGUAGUCUCCAAUAUUAAUCCCCACAACAAGGAGAUAGUGGUUAGGAGAAGGAUUGCUAGCAUAUUCAAUAAGAGAGAAGAUGAUUUUCCGUCGUUGAGGGAAUACAAUGAUUACUUGGAAGAAGUAGAGGAUAUGAGUCUCGUGACAGUAUUUAACUUGGUUGCUGGAGAUGAUGUUGCUGCUACUGAAGUAAAAAUUGCAGAGUAUCAAGAAGAAAAUGCGGAUCUAAUAUUGAUUAAUCACGCUCGGAAGGCUGAAGAAUUAGCCUUGGCUAUGUCGGCAAGCAAGGGGCCUCCUGCACAAACUGAUAAUACUGAUGGGAGCUCCCAGGGCAUAAGCGUUGGAGCUGGGCAGUAUGCUCCUACAAUUGUUGGGGGACAGCCUCGGCCAACAGGCAUUGCUCCACAACCAGUGCCUCUCAGAGGAGGGCCAGACAUGCACGGUUAUUUAGAAGAUGAGGAAACGAUGAGGAUCCGAACAGAGAAUGCGAGUAGAGCGGCUGGGUGGAGCAUAGAAUUCAGUAAGAAAAGGGGAUUUGAGGAAGCCUUUGCAAGCUUUUGCGUUUAGAUUGUACCCCUUGACUGCGGAAUUGCCUGUCCCUUGUCAACCUGCGGUGCUCUCACCGGGCUAUAGGCCUAUAUGCUAUGCAUAUAUUGAUGAGGAGGAUUGUUAUCAGUAGGUUUUCGUGGGGAACUUUACCGAGACGAUGAUCAAGAAGUCAACCUACUGUUUCUAAGUCAGCAGAUAUUGCUUUCAUGACAUGUCAGAUACAUCAGUUUAUCAACAUAACCAUGUGAACAUGAAGCAAUGUCACAUCAUGUUAGUGUAAAGCUGAUCAUUGAUCAUUACUGAUAUCCCAAGUGGCUUAGCUUUGAUUUAUUAAAAUAAUAUUUUUUUUAAAAAAUAA